AUGCAUCAGAUAUUGAAUGAGUGGCUCUUUUGGAAUUUCAUUGGUGAAGCAGUAAUAGGGGGAGGAGAACAGCCGAAGAAGAAGGAUGUAGCGAAUGGAAGGAACCGCAAGGCAUUAGGUGAAGUGGGGAAUGUGGCCAAUGUAAGAGGAGUUGAAGGCAAGCCCAAUCGCCCCAUCACAAGGAGAGUUGGUGCCAAUGCACCAGUAUCAGCCGCUGCUAAAAACAAGAAACAAGCUUGUAAAAAUGUGACUGGUCCUCCUCCUGUUGCUAAGGGAGUUGCAUUGGCAAAGAAAGCUGCCACCAAACAGGGUCAGAGGAAAGUCACCGUAAAACCAAAGCCUGAGGAAGUCAAUGGUAUGGAAGCUAGUGCAGACAAGGAGUUCCAGAAAGACAAGAAACAAGCUUGUGCUAAUAUGGCUGGACGACCUCCUACUGUUUCUGAUAGAAUUGCAGUGGCCAAAAGAGUGGCUGCCAAACCGGGUCAGAAGAAAGUGACUGUAAAACCAAAGCCUGAGGAAGUCAUUAUCAUUGAAGCUAAUCAGAUGAACAAGAAAAAGGAAAAUGAUGGCAACUUCAAGAAGAAACCACAUCCUUUUACUUCGGUGCUCACAGCUCGAAGCAAGGCAGCAUGCGGCAUAACUAACAAACUGAGGGAGCAGAUUAUUGACAUUGAUGCUGGUGAUAUUGGCAAUGAGCUUGCUGCUGUGGAGUAUAUUGAUGACAUUUACAAGUUCUGUAAGCUUGUUGAGAAUGAGAACCGCCCCCAUGACUAUAUAGACUCACAACCUGAGGUGAAUGAGAGAAUGAGAGCUAUACUGGUUGAUUGGCUGAUAGAAGUCAACACCAAGUUUGACCUUUCACCUGAGACCCUUUACUUGACAAUCAAUAUAAUUGAUCGGUUCCUAGCAGUUAAGAAUGUUCCGAGGAGAGAAAUGCAAUUGGUUGGUAUCAGUGCCAUGCUGAUUGCAAGCAAAUAUGAAGAAGUUAGUAGCUUAGUCUUCCUCUCAGAUGGGGCUUACACUCACGAACAGAUACUUGUUAUGGAGAAAAUCAUACUGGGCAAGCUUGAAUGGAAUUUAACUGUGCCAACACCUUUGGUUUUCCUAGUUCGUUUUAUCAAGGCAUCAGUCCCAGAUCAAGAGUUGGAAAAUAUGGCUCAUUUUCUGUCUGAGUUGGGAAUGAUGAAUUAUGCAACCUUAAGGUAUUGCCCAUCAAUGGUUGCUGCUUCGGCAGUGUAUGCAGCUAGAUGCACUCUGAAUAAGGCUUCCUUCUGGAGUGAGACACUUAAGCUGCACACGGGCUACUCACAAGAACAACUUAUGGAUUGUGGUAGAUCAUUGGUGAGCUUCCACUCCAUGUAUGGGAAGGGAAAGCUGAAGUUUGUGCACGGAAAGUAUUCUGAUCCUCAUAAAGGAGCUGUUGCUAUGCUCCCACCAGCUAAAAAUCUUCUGCCUCCCUAUAGAGUUAAUGAAGAAAAGGGAGGAGCAGGAAUUGAAUACAAAACUGAUAUAUAA